UGUUGAUCCGGUUGUUCCUACACUCACGGGUGAUAGUCUUGUCCUGUUGAAAAUUGUAUAAAAGAAUCGAACGGAACGGUAACAAUUCAGAAUUUACUUGUUAUUCGCUUAAAGAAGUCAAGUGUUGAAAAACCGAAAACCUCAAAUCACCAUUAUGAAGUUCACAAUUGCUGUAGUCAUGAUGGCUUUGGCCGUUUCUGCUCAAGCUGGUUAUGCACCAAUCGCCCCAUUGGCAUAUAGUCUACCGUAUGCUGCCCCAUAUCAAUACGCUCCAUUGUCCUACACCGCUCGUUCUUAUCCCCUUGCCUAUGCUGCCGCACCAACAUAUGCUGCCGCUCCAGCAUUCUACAACUACGAAUAUGCACCAGCUAUCCGUGCUUAUCCAGAAAUUAACACCUAUGCUGAACUCCGUUCUCCAGCUACCAUCGUUCCAGUCGCAGCCGAAGGAACUUACACAGCUAUCAACAAGGGCGCAGUACAUGUUGCUCCAUUACCUGGACACAGCCUAUCAGCCUCAUCGGUCAACCUUGAAUCAGCACCAGGAACAUAUUAAAUUCUCAAAAGAAAGUUAUUUUUGGACACACAAAUUUGUAUGAUGCUUUGGAGGAAAUAAAAAAAAAAAUUUCCAAGAAAA